AUGUAUGAAUUAAACAAUAAAAAUGAUGAUAACGAUAAAAAUAUAAAUUCAUUUGUAAAUAAUGAUAAUAUAAAGGAUAAGAAUUAUAUAGAUGAAGAAGAUAUAAAACCAAAUAAUUUAGUACUCCAAAAUAUAAAUAGAGAAAAAAAAAAUAAAGAUCACCAUGAUAGUUUUAAAAUAUAUGAUAUAAAACAUUUAGAUCAUGUAGAUGAUACAAGUCAUGAAGAUAUAAAAACCAUCAUAGAAAAUUCAAUACAUAAUGAAAAAGAAACAUAUAAGGAACAAAAUAAUAAUAAUAAUAAUGAUGAUGAUGAUAACAUUUAUACAUUCGUGUCCUCAUCAAACGAAGGAACUUCCAAAAAUAUUCAAAUGUCUAGAAAUAUGCUACAUGAGAACUCUCUAGAUAAAAAAUAUAAUUCUGAGAUGAUAAAAGAAAAUAAUGUAAACGAUUAUACUGCUCAUUAUCCUUUAAAGGAACAUAUUAAUAUUAACCAGGACUACUCUAAAAAUUAUAAAAAUGAAACAGUCUUUGAUAAGGAUAACAAUACAAAUGAUAAUAUAAAGAAUCUUGAGGAAUACAAUUUACAAUAUAAUGAUAAUAUAAAAAAUGUAGGAAAAAUAGAUAUACCUAAUAAUGAUAAUCAAAAUUAUGUUCAUAAUAUAAAUAAUUUAAUACCAAACGAUAAUAAUUAUGAUAUUCAUGAUUAUAAUGUAAGAAAUGUAUCUGAUAUUGAUAACUAUCAUAUGAAUAAUAAAAAGAACAAUAACAAAGUUAAUAAUUUUAGUGAGAAAGAAAAAAUUAUGGAACUUCAUAAAAAUGACAAAAUUACAAAUAUAAUUAUUUACAAACGCAUGUAUCAAUCUUUUAUCCUUUUAAAAAAAGAAUAUAGACAUCUAAUUGAUGAGCAUAAAAAAAAAAUAAAUAUCAAUAAAAAAUUAAAUUAUGAAUUUAAUAGUUUAAAAAAUAAUAGCUAUUAUUCAAACUUUUUUUUUAAAAACGAUUCUGAUAAUUUAUUUGAUGAUUUGGCUGUAGGAAUAAGCAAUAUAUUUAAAUGGAUGGAUAUAGAUAAUAAAAUUAUUCAAACAAAUUUUCAUAAAGACAAAAGGGAAAAUAAAACUGCUAAUUAUGAUGAUAAUAAAAAUGGCGUUCAUGAAAAUAAAAAUGGUGUUCAUGAUAAUAAAAAUGGUGUUCAUGAAAAUAAAAAUGGUGUUCAUGAUGAUAAUAAAAAUGGUGUUCAUGAUGAUAAUAAAAAUGGUGUUCAUGAUGAUAAUAAAAAUGGUGUUCAAGAUAAUAAUAAUUAUCUUCAAGAUAAUAAUAAUAAUUAUCUUCAAGAUAAUAAUAAUAAUUAUAUUCAAGAUAAUAAUAAUAAUUAUAUUCAAGAUAAUAAUAAUAAUUAUCUUCAAGAUAAUAAUAAUAAUAAUUGUAUUGAUGAUGAUAAAAAUUGUGAUAAUUUAAAAAAUAGUCCUUUUCAUGAGAAUGCCACUAUGAAUAAACAAACUACACAUAAUAUACAUUCAAUCGGAAAUUAUGAUGAUAACAUAAAUGUAGAAAUAGAAGAAAAAAAAGGAAAACUAUAUUUUGAUCCUUCUCAAAAUUGUAUGGAUACUAUUAUUAGCAUGGGGGAUAAUCAUGAUAAUAUAAGUGAUGAUGAAAAUAGAGGAACACAUAAAAAGAAAAAAAAUGAAUUAAAUAUUUUAAAUGAAAAUAAUAGUGGACAAAUCUAUUCAAAGGAUAAAUCAACAGAUGAGCAUAUAAAAAAUACAUUAUCAAAUAAAGACAAUUUUAGCAUAAAAAGUAAUAAUACUACUACUACUACUAAUAAUAAUAAUAAUAAUAAUAAUAAUAACAAUAAUAAAAAUAGUAGUAGUAGUAACAAUAAUAAUAAUAAUAAAAAUAGUAGUAGUAGUAACAAUAGUAACAAUUGUUAUUCGCCUAAUGAAUCUUAUCAUACUAAUAACAACAUACAACAUAAGGAAGAUAAAAAAAAUGAUCAACUUUUAAAUAAUAAAACCACAAUAAUUAUUAAACAAACAAAAGAAGAUAUAGUCACUUCAUUGCCGCAUACAUCAAAUAAAAUCCAAAACUGCUCACAAAAUUACCCAUUUUAUAAAAAAGAAAUUAUACAUGAAAAAAUCAAAAAAGGAUGUAUUUUACAAAAUAUCAAAAUGAAAGAAGGGAUAAUUAUUAAUAAAACUAAUACAUUUCAAGAUUAUAGAACUAAACGAAAUUCCUACUUAUGGCAAAGAGAUACUGUAACUAGAAAAAAAAAUGCUAAAUGUUAUAACUCUCCUAAUAAAUUAGAAUAUAAAACAAAAUAUAAUAAUAAUCAUAAAAAAGCAUAUCAACCAAUGAAAUUAAAUAAUGAUUCCUUAAAAGAAAAUAUUAUUGAUUAUAUAAAAAAAAAGUUACAUAAUAGAUAUAAAAGCGUAAACCAAAUAAAUGAUGUAAGAAAAAACAACCAAAAUGAAAACAAUAUAAUAUCCCAUAAGUUAAACAAAAUUAAUCAGAACAUAAAUGUACCUAAUCAAAGUAUAAAAUCAGAUUGCCAAAAUAUAAAUACAAUUUCAGAAGAUAUAGACAAUACAUUCCUCUUAAAUUGGGAUAAUUACAAAAAAACAAAUAACCAAUAUGAUCAAUUCACAAAAUCAAUUUUCCAUAUUUGUAGUUAUAAAGAAAAUGAAUAUAUUCCAAUAAAUGUGAAUAAUUUCUUCGCCACCAAUAAGAAAGUUAAUACAACUUCCGAUUUCAGCUUGAAAUGUUUGAAAAAAAAUAUGGAAUUUAUAUUAAGGAAAAGACAAAACAAAGUUAUAUCUAAUUUUAACAAAAAUGUAGUUGAUAAAAACAAUGUAAUUGAUCAAAAAAAUGUAGCUGAUAAAAAAAAUGUAAUUGAUCAAAAAAAUGUAGUUGAUAAAAAAAAUGUAGUUGAUAAAAAUAAUCUAAUUGGUAAUCAUGUCAAAAAUAAUGAUGAACAAUAUAAACCUUGUGAUAAACCUGGCGCGUUAGGACACACAUCAUCUAUAAUUUUGAAAAAGAAAAUGUAUCAGAAAAAGUCCUCUUUUUUAUUUAAUAAAAAUAAUUUUCAUAUGAUAAAUAAGAAAUUGAAGUACUGCAAAAAAUGUUGUAAUAAUGAUAUUUCCAAAUGUGUUAUAAAAACAAGACACUGGAGAAAUGUUAUAUAUAAAACAAACGAGGAAAAAAAUGAAAUAUUUUAUUUUCUUCUUAAAAAAAUAAUAACUUCUUUUGAAAAGAAAAAAAAAGGAAACAUACUAAAAACGUAUAAAGUAAAAUUACUUCAAAAUAAUCAACAUUAUAUUUAUAUAUAUAUAUUUCAAAUUGAGAAAUAUCCAAAAAUGGCUAGUGAUAUUUUUUUUUUAACUCAAAAAAGUUCCUUGCCUGUUCAGAAAAAAUAUUCCAUGUUCAGGAAAAAUCAAAAAAAAAAAUAUAUAUAUGAACAAACCAGCAAGCUUGAUGAUUCUGAAUAUGAGGAAAAAUGCGAAAAAGAUGGAAAUAAAUUGAAAAAAAAUAUAUUUCAAUUUUAUAUGAAUGAGCAUGAGAAAUGUUGUGUUUCAGUUGACAAAAAUAAUAUAAAGGAACAAAAUAAAGGCAUGGAUGAUAGCAACAGUAAUGAUGAUAAUAAAAAUAAUAAUAAUAAUGAUGAUUAUGAUGAUAAUGAUGAUGAUGAUAAUAAUAUUCAUACACAAAAUGAAAUGAAAAAUGAUACACUAAUAGAUAAAAAUGUCCAAAGCAUGGGCACGAUAGAAAAUAAUAAAUUCCAAACUAAAGAUUUAACAACCCAGUUUGAAGAAAUGCUUAAACAACAUAUAGUGACUAUGAAUCUUUUAGAUAAGAAAAUUGAUAUUAUAAAAAAGGAUCCACCAGAAGAAAUAAAUAAUCAUAAAGAUGUUGAUGAUAAUAAUAAUAAUUCUGAUGAUAAUGAAGAUGCUGUUAUUAUAAUAGGAAUGAAGAUAAUUUUAAAUGAUAAAUAUCUAUUCCUUUUUGUUGAUGCCUUAAACAGUAUAGAAUAUAAUGUAAAGAAAUGGAUGGUUUUACAUGAAGAAAUAUUAAUAUCUCAUAUUAAAGAGAAUUUAACUAUUUCUAAUUUUUUUAAAUAUUAUAAUAUAAAUUUAUAUACUUUUUUUGUUAAUUUUUUAAAUAAUGUAGAAAAUUAUAUAGAAGAAUUCCCUUUUUAUUUUUCAAUAUUAUUUGAAGAUAUGUUUCCUUUUUCACUUUCAUAA